UUAAAGUGUUCACGAACCACUCCAGUGCUUUAGAUUUACUUUCACUUGCUUUUUGCUUUCAUCUCUCCUCUCUCUCUCUCUCUUGUUGUAUAUAUGCACAAACGGCCUCUUGCAACCAAAUAGAACAACUUUCUUUCUUAUGUAACAUCAAACACAAGAGUUGUAUUCAUAAAGACUAUUGUGUCUCUUUCUUUUAGUAGCUUGUUGGUCAUCAAGAUCACUCUCUCUCUCUCUCUCUCUCUCUCUCUAAAGCUUGCAUGGCGGAUGUUCAUAAAGGGACACAUGAUGCUACACGUAUCAAACUAUUUGGAAAGAUGAUCAGCGUGCAAGUGAUAAGAGAAUUAAAAGAAGAUCCAGUUAGCAAAUCAGAGAUGCAUAAUAAUAUUAAUAAUAAUGCUGAUGAUCAAACCCUAGUUCACAAGAGGCCAGACAAGAUCAUACCUUGCCCUAGGUGCAAAAGCAUGGAGACCAAGUUUUGUUACUUUAACAAUUAUAAUGUUAACCAGCCUAGACACUUUUGUAAAGGGUGUCAAAGGUACUGGACAGCCGGUGGCGCCCUUCGCAAUGUGCCGGUAGGGGCUGGUCGCCGGAAGGCGAAACCGCCAUGCCAUGGCCUACUUGGUGACAGUUUGUUCUCGGAUGUUUCAUAUUAUGAUGAAUCUGGUUCAACAAGUGGUGUCCACUUUGAUGGGAUGAUGGAGUGGCACAUGACGGCACAUGGUAGUUUUCAGCAUCUUUUUCCGGCGAAGAGGAUGAGGAGUUCCACCGGUGACUUUUGAUUUAGAAUAUAUUUGUGUGUUAGGAAAGUAAUUAAUCUGUCUGGAUUUGUAGGACCACUGUUUAUUAAUUACUAGAUAUUAAUGAAGUAAGUAUUGCCUAAUAAACAAUUACUUUGAAUGAGUA